AUGUAUUUGAGCAAAACUCAAAAUAAAAAUGCCACAGACAAACCUAAUCUUAAGGUAUUGACCAAAGUCAAAAAUCCUAACAUCAAGGCCUAUUUAUCUGAUGGUCAAACAGUUCUGCCAUUAAAUUUUCAACAAAGAUUUAGGGAUGAAAGAUCUGAAAAUGAAAACCUUGAGGAUUUAAAUAAACUUCCGACCCGAACUACUGCAUAUGGAAGACAGAGCAUUUAUUUUAACCAGUCUCCUUUUAACUUAUGUGGGACCGCUCGUUGUUCUAUCCUCAAUAACAAUGCUAGUUCAUUAUCGAAUGUCGUGCCUAAAAACUUUACUAAUGGGAAAAAGGAAACGGCAUGCCCCAGGUCAUCCAGCAUCUUUGACGCCACAAUUAAAUUUCAAGAUAAUUCUAUCAAACAUCCUGAAUCCAUUAUAGGCUCAAAAUCGUUUCGUUCUUCCAACAAAGAAGCAUCUAAUCCUUUCCCCCUUCAAAAUAAUCUGAUUGCCAACACCCAUUCUACGUCCUCUGCAUCUUCCAUAUACCCUCUGAUGGUUAACAAUUUAAUUUAUCCCAUCUGCCAAAAUAAGAAACCGUUUUUUAACCUUGAAAUCAAGACAGUCGAUCAAAAUACCAUUAUUCCAUACCAGAGUUAUGAUGGGACUAGCGCCGACCUAACAUUGAUAAACGAGAAAUCCGACAUUAAAUAUCCAUCCAUCCUGAAAAAAACUAGUAAGAUUGCAUACAAUUUUGAUACAUCUAGCUCGUUCUUGAAAGGCGAAAUGGAUACUUUAUAUUGUUCUAACAGUUGUAGUAACAGUAACUUUAGUUUAAAGUGCAAUAAUAGUUAUAAAGAAAGAAGGAACUUGCUAGCCACAUCUACUGAUAUCAGUGAUUCCACCAUUUUUAACUACGAUCCAUCGGAGCAUUCAAAAGUUAAAGAUAAAAAACUCAAAAAGGUUGUCAAGUGGCUAGAUCUAGACCAAUUAGAAAAAGUUCCCAACAACUCAACUCCAUAUACUUCUCACAAAAAUCACAAUAUUCACAGUACCAUUUUUUUAGACCCACCAGACGGAUCUUCCUUCAAUCAUGUCAACCGUUGUAUUACCUCGAUCGGGUUGAAAUCCUUUGAUAGCAAAUUCAAUGAUUGCUCCACCCCUUAUAAAGAUGAGAAUAAAUUGUGUAACUCGUCUACCCCAAAAUUUGGUGGCAUCAAUAAUCUUCAUUCGGUUAAUACUAUCUCCCAAACACCGAAACUCCAAUCCGGAUAUUUUCGUGAAAAAUAUUGGGACACCAUUAAACAGGAUAGUAUCGGCUUGAGUCAGUUGAUCACUGAACUAGAGAUCACACGUUCGAGUCCGACAAAGAUACUUCUCAACGCCCAAAAGAAAGAAAUUAAUAAGCCCUUGCCUCGAUUAGCCCCUAUCACAUUUUUGCCAUCUCAUACCUUCAUCGCUGCCACCAACAAACAGAAUGCAAACUAUCAUUUAGAUGUUUGCGAAGGCAACGACGCCUACAAAGAUAUUCCAAGAAAAUCCCCCGUUUCGCCUUUCAAAUUCAAAACUGAAUUUAGUGAACAACAUAUCAAAAAGACUGACGACAACCACGCCAACGAAUUUAAUCGAACAGAUUCUUUCUACCCUUCAAACCAAAAUUCUUUUAAAAGUCUACUGGAACUUGAGAACUAUAACUAUCAUUCAAACCUCAAUUCCAGUAUUUUAUGGGCAUUCGACCCGCUAUUACAAAAUUAA